AUGCUGGUCUCAUACCGCGACAGAGAGAAAGCUGUUCCUCCACCCGGGCUCCCUCCCUUGCACAAAAAACAAGGCAGGUGGUGCGCGGUCCACGUGCGGGUGGCCUGGGAGAUCUACCACAGGCAGCAGAAGAAGGGCCAGAAGGACUCUGAUGGAGCCCCAGGCUCGUCGUCGUCCUCUUCUUCCAAGUCUGCUGGGGACACGAAACCCUUGGAACCUUUGCUGCGGCCGGCUGGUCAUCUUCUGCAUGGAAGUGGGGCCUCGGGGCGGCAGUCUGAUUCAUCCCUUCUUUCAUCAGGUAUGUGCAUGCUAGUCAUCUUUCCUCGAGGUUUACCAGAUGGUAUGAAUCACAGUAGCGCCAGUUUACUGUCCUCAGCUGCUCAUCUAGGCUUAUCUCAGUUCCCAAGACCAUCUCCAUAUCCACCACCAUCACUGCUCAAUCCUCUUGGAUUUAGUGGAUUAGGUGGUAGCAUGUUUGCCUCCAUUCAUGAGAUGCCACCUCCAGGACUGAGUUCUGCUCACGAAUGGAACCGGCUGCAUCGCACUCCCUCAUCCUUCCCCUCCUGGCCCAAGUCUGAAGCUGAGAGGGACAAGGACAGGGACAAGGAGCGAGAGAGGGAGCUCAGGAAAGAGGAAGAAAGGGAGAGGAGAGGAUCAAUGAGUCAUCACCUGUCUGGGCUAGAGGAUAUUCGGCAUGCAGAUUCGUCAAGGCCAAAGUCAAGGUCGAGGUCACGGUCACCAUUGGUGAAUGGUCGGAUGGAUCACCACAAGUCAGAUCUGGGGCCCUAUGACAAGAGACCUCUGUCAGCCUCCUCUUCUGGACUGAAGUUGAAGGAGGAGCGGAGAGAGGACGAUUUGUCUCUGGUGCCCCAUCACCUGGCAGAGAGAGAGAAAAGAGAGAGGGAGAGACUAGAGAGGGAUAAACUAGAGAGGGAUAGGAUGGAGAGGGAACGAAUGGAAAAAGAGAAGCUACUUCAGAAUGCUGCUGCAGUAGAGAGGGAGAAGCUGCUACAGGCAGUGGAGCAGAGGGAGAAGUUCCUUCAGAACAGCGGAUAUUUUAAUUCUUUUGGGGCAGGGUUACACACCCACCCGGGUCUCCUGGACCGUAGGGUGGCAUUCAUGGGUCAUCCCGGGACAGCAUAUCCAUUCUUGGACCGACCACCUGUCCCGGCUUCCAUGUGGAGCCCCUUCGAUAAAUCGGCAGAGAUUGCCCAUCGGUUAGAAAUAGAGAGGGAGAGAGAGCGCCUGGCAAUGAUCUCCCGCCUGUCAGGCAUGCCCUCUCAUCUGGCAGCUCUGGAACAAGAAAGACUCAAAGAGCAGAUCCUUCGAGAGCAGCAGCAGGAGCGGGAGUAUGACAUUCGCCGACAGUACUUUGACCGCCUGCCAUCAUUCAACGCUGACCGUCUGAGAGCUGUGGACCCACUGGCUGUGGGCGGCUAUUUCCCUCGGACACUGAGCCCCAUGUUCGGACCUGGUGGCUUAGCCGGACUCAAAAGCAACUCCCCACAUGGCAUGCCGGUGGCGCCGCCACCAUUGAUUCACUCUAGCUCCAGCGUGGCAGCCACAAUGUUGUCCCGUAGCCAUGACAAUUCUCCAUCAUCGUCCAGCAAAUCAAAAGGGUGCAGCCCUGCGGAUAGCACCAGUGACUUGAAAGACAAAAGGGACGGCAGCUCUGCAGACCCUGAUGCACACCUGAGAUAG